AUGAUUACUUCCUCCAAUGCCUCUUUACUACUCUAUGGGACAACUCCAGAGACCUUAGAAAGCAACAACUGUCAUAAUUACAUCAACAUUAUCGAUGAUACUAACAACGAAGAUAUUGAAGAAUCCUUUGAAAAAUCUAAACUAGGUUAUUACAAAUCUCUUGGACUUUUAACGCUUUGCAUCUGUAUUGCUUCAUUUGUAGCUCAGACGUUCUUUGCUGCUCGGAUCCCGCUUGAUCUUUAUCUUAAGGAAUUUCUUAGUUUUGGAAGGGAAUUAAAGAGUAUUUCGAGACCAUCAACUCAUAAUUUACUUAUUAAUCAACAAGAUAUUCCAUCUGCUAGUGGCAACAACUGCAACUACAACCAUAAUACAGAACAAAGAAGGGAAUUGAUAAAUAAUUAUGAAGAUUUUCAAUACACGGGUGAUAACAUUCCCUCUGCCGUCGACAUGAAUCCUUCAGCAUUAGCUUCAAUUCGGGCCAUUAUUUCAUCUCCGGAAUAUCGACCAACGGUCAAAUAUCUCCUAAGACUAUCAUUUGUAUUUUCACUCUUCAUUUGUGUACCCGCAUAUCUUUGGUACAUUGCAGUGAAUCUUACAACAAUGGCAAAUCUCACUGCAAUCUAUAACAUUAGCUUUUUUUUCGCGUAUCUAUUUUCUAUUUUAUUUUUGGGCGAAGACUUGAAACGAAUUAAGGUUUUUUCUGUAGUUUUGUGUAUUAUUGGAGUAUUAAUAAUGUCUUAUGGUAAUAAGAGUGAUGGAAAUAACAAGCUAAAUACUGAUCUUAAAUAUGGUGGAAAUGGAUACUCAAAAUCCAUAAUUGCUGGAAACUUUAUCGCACUUAUCGGUGCAUUACUUUACGGACUCUACGAAGUGCUCUUCAAAAAGUAUUUAUCACCACCUACUCCGUCGAUUUUAUUCUCAAACACAAUCGUUGCACUGAUCGGCGUUUUCACAUUUCUUUUCUUAUGGAUUCCAAUACCAUUCUUACAUUUCUUGGAGGUAGAAGAGUUCUCGCUGCCGGAUUCGAAUACUUUUUUGUAUAUUAUGUUGAUCGCAAUGCUGGCGGUUGCAUUCAAUGCUAGUUUUAUGUUUAUGCUUACAUUGACUAGUCCACUCGUCGCUUCUAUUGGCAUUAUGUUGACCAUACCAAUUGUAGCAGGGGUAUGA